AAACCAAACCGCAUUAUGGCUGAACACGAGAGUUUGGAGUUUGGAAAAGCGGAUUUUGUGCUUCUGGAUAAUGUUUCUUUGGAGGAAUUUCUGGCCAACCUUAAACUCAGGUUCGAUAAGGGUCGCAUCUACAGCUACAUCGGCGAGGUGGUGGUGUCGGUGAACCCCUACCGUGCCAUGAACAUCUACGGGCGGGACAUGGUGGAGCAGUACAAGGGCAGAGAGCUGUACGAGCGCCCGCCUCAUCUUUUUGCCAUCGCGGACGCCGCAUACAAAGCCAUGAAGAGAAGAAACAAAGACACCUGCAUCGUAAUCUCAGGGGAAAGUGGAGCAGGAAAAACAGAAGCCAGUAAAUACAUAAUGCAAUAUAUCGCUGCUAUUACCAAUCCUAGCCAAAGAGCAGAAGUGGAGAGAGUGAAAAACAUGCUGCUGAAAUCCAACUGUGUCCUGGAAGCUUUCGGAAAUGCCAAAACCAACCGCAACGAUAAUUCCAGCCGGUUUGGGAAGUACAUGGAUAUCAACUUUGAUUUUAAAGGAGACCCUAUUGGAGGCCAUAUCAGUAACUACCUGCUGGAGAAGUCUAGAGUGAUCUUCCAGCAGGAAGGGGAGAGAAGUUUUCACUCGUUCUACCAGCUUAUGAAAGGAGCUCCAGACUCACUGUUGCGAUCCCUGCACAUCCAGAAAGAUCCUCUAGUUUAUAACUACAUUAAAGUUGGAGGACAAAUAAAGUCCUCCAUUAAUGACAGUGCAGAUUUCAAAGCUGUAGCUGAUGCCAUGAAGGUGAUCGGAUUCACCGGCGACGAGAUUCAGACCGUCUACAGGAUCCUCGCUACCAUCCUGCACCUGGGCAACCUGAAGUUUGGCACGGACGGUGAUGUGACUCUGAUUGAGAACUCCAAGCUCGUGGUCGUGCUAGCUGACCUGUUGUCUACUAAAGAGGAGAACGUGGAGAAAGCUUUGCUGUACCGCACUGUGUCUACUGGGAGGGAUGUCAUUGACAAGCAGCACACCGACCAAGAGGCCAGUUAUGGCCGGGAUGCUGUGGCCAAGGCUAUUUAUGAACGCCUCUUCUGCUGGAUUGUGGGAAGAAUCAAUGACAUUAUUGAAGUAAGAAACUAUGACGUUAAAAUUCAUGGGAAGAACACAGUGAUUGGUGUGCUGGACAUCUAUGGUUUUGAGAUCUUUCAGAACAACAGUUUCGAGCAGUUCUGUAUAAACUACUGCAAUGAAAAACUCCAGCAGCUCUUCAUUCAGCUGGUGCUCAAGCAGGAGCAGGAGGAGUACCAGCGAGAGGGCAUCCCGUGGAAACAUAUUGACUAUUUCAACAAUCAGAUCAUCGUUGAUCUGGUGGAACAGCAGCAUAAGGGCAUAUUUUCCGUCCUGGAUGAAGCGUGUAUGAACGUGGGCAAGGUGACGGAUGAGAUGUUCCUGCAGGCCCUCAACGGCAAACUGGCCAAGCAUGCUCACUACACCAGCCGCAAGCUCUCCCCUACUGACAAGAGCCUGGAGUUUGAACGGGACUUUCGUAUUCGGCACUAUGCAGGAGAUGUAGUGUACUCCGUGGUGGGCUUUAUCGACAAGAACAAGGACACGCUGUUCCAGGAUUUCAAACGGCUGUUAUAUAACAGCUCCAACCCUGUUCUGAAAGCCAUGUGGCCCGAGGGGAAGCUGAGCAUCACCGAGGUCACCAAGCGACCUCUCACAGCGGGCACGCUCUUUAAGAACUCCAUGAUCUCACUGGUGGAGAACUUGGCGUCUAAGGAGCCGUACUAUGUCCGCUGUAUCAAACCCAAUGACGUGAAAUCCCCUCUGCUGUUCGAGCACGAGCGCUGUAAGCACCAGGUGGAGUACCUGGGCCUGCUGGAGAACGUCCGUGUGAGGCGUGCUGGUUUCGCGAACCGCCAGACUUACCCUCGCUUCCUACAGAGGUAUAAGAUGAUCUCCGAGUUCACGUGGCCCAAUCACGACCUGCCUUCAGACCAGGAAGCGGUAAAGCGGCUGCUGCAGGGGUGUGGCUUUGAGCACGAUGUAGCCUAUGGAAAGACCAAGGUGUUCAUCCGCACCCCUCGCACCAUCUUCAGUCUGGAGGAGCAGAGAGCCCACAUGGUGCAACGGAUCGUCCUGUUUCUGCAGAAGAUAUGGCGCGGCACGAUCGCCAGGAUGCGUUACCGGCGCAUGCGGGCCGGUCUCAUCAUUCUGCGCGCGUACCAGCGAUACAAGGUCAAAUCCUACAUCCACGAGGUGAACCGCCGCUUCCAGAACGUACGCUCUAUGAAGGAUUACGGGAGGCACGUGAAGUGGCCCACACCUCCCAAAGUGCUGCGUCGAUUUGAGGAGGCGCUGAAGAACAUCUACAACAGGUGGUGGGCUUGGACCCUAAUUAAGCGCCUGACUCCAGAGGAGAUGUUACAGGUCAGGGCUAAAGUCGCCACGCUGGAGUGCCUGAAGGGUCACCGGGCAGACCUCGGCCUGCAGAGAUCCUGGGAGGGCAAUUACCUGAAGAGAGACAGUCCUGACACAGCAUCCUCCUUCACUUUGGUGUCCAGUGAUCUGCAGAGGAAAGAUAAAUUUAUGAGAGUGCUUUUCUCCUGCAACGUCCGCAAGAUCAAUCGCUUUAACAAGGCAGAGAACCGGGCAGUGUUGAUUACUGACCGUCACCUCUACAAGAUGGACCCACUCAAACAGUACAAGCCGAUGAAGAGUAUUCCUCUGCAUAACAUAACAGGAGUGAGCGUGUCUCCAGGGAAGGACCAGCUGGUGGUAUUCCACACCAAAGAUAACCGGGACCUGAUCGUGUGCCUACAGGGCAUGGUGCCAGCGGGCGAAAGCCGUGUCGGUGAGCUGGUCGGCACCCUGUUCAGCCACUUCAAAAGUGAGAAGAGUAAGCUGCAGGUGAAUACCAUCAGUCCCAUUCAGUGCAGUAUGAAUGGGAGAAAGUGUACUGUUGUGGUGGAGCCCAAAAUCAACCAGUCACAGCCAGACUUCAUCAAAAGCCGAUCGGGUUACAUUCUCGCUGUGCCAGCCAACUAACCAGCAUGAAUGAAAGAUAUCCCAAGCCAUCACCAAAUCAGUUGAAACUGUAAGCCAUAUUAAACUUGCUUUAAGAUUAAUCAGGUUAUUUGAAGCGGGAAGUUUAAGUACCUGAUAAUCCAUGUAAAACAUUCCAUUUGAUAAAAAUGUAUUUUUUUUGCUUUAAACCAGCUUUCAUGUAAUCAUUAAUGUCGUGCAGUGCUUAUUUAUGUACAUUUCAGCCAAAUAAAGCGACACAUAAAUAUUCUAUUUAUGAGGAACAUAUGAUGCAUUAUUCAGAUGUACUUAAACAAUAUUUUGACAUGCUGGAA